AGGACCUGAGCUGUCGUCGUUUGAACUCUAUAAAGGCGGUGGUCAAGAAGUUGAUUAUGGAAUCAAGCACUGAUGAAACCGGUACAGAAUCACGUAUUCAAAAGCACACACCUAGAAAUAUCUCAGGACAACUGAGGAACACCGAGUAAUUACAUUGAUUUCCGACCAACUUGCCCCUUAUUUUCCAAAGUACGGGAAAUUGCAGAAGCACCCGGCCCUCCUGUUACCAUUCAUGACACUGUGUAAUGCGAUCUUUCGUCUGGCGGGUUACGGCAAAAUUUACAAGAUCAGUUCAUCCUGUGGUCUCGCCAUCCGCCGAACAAACGCUCCACCUAGACGAAACAAGUAUCUACGAGCUUUUCGGUUCAUCUUCUGGCAUGUAUCAAUUCGUUUCAAGAAACAACAAUCCCAUCACAUCCUUGGUCGAAGCGCGGAAAAAUCCUGUCGGCAUUAUUGCAGCGAUAUUUGAUCUGGGAAAAGCCAAGGACAUCUGCGAGAGCUGUGGAUUGACGUUCCAACACCGAAUCUCAACAAAUGGCAAAGUGGCGAUCCUCCAAGGAUCACUGAUUCAUCGUCGAACGUACGAAAUGACAUCGAGAUACGAUAGACGGCAUGAACGCAAAAAAGCAAGUGCUAAACCGGCCGUUCAAGACGACGAUACGAAAAAUCAGAUCGGUUCAUUGACUGAUGUUAUUGAUGGCUUGCAAAAACGGCAAAAAGAGAUCGUGAAAUUGAGGCAAUCAUUACAAAACGAGGUGAAACUGGCAAAAGGCCGAUUCUAUGAAGACCGUUCCGACCUGAAUUUCAGAAAUUGGCAAGAUAAAAAGGCUGCAAUGCAGACGGAAAAUCGGGCGCUUUUGACAUGCUGAACAAGUUUGCGCAAGGCAAAAAAUGAACGUUAUUUGUUGCAAGGCCAGGUAAGUUAAUUUGUAAA